AUGCCAUCAUAUCCAAGUCCAAUACCAGCACCUAUAUAUGAUUCUGAUGAAUCUAGUCAACAUUCAAAUGAUAGUAGUAAUUAUUUAUCAUCAACAUUUAAUCAAUAUACACGUUUAUCAUAUUCACCAAAAUUUAAUUUAAAUACAACAAAUCAAAUAUUACCAAUAUCAAUAAAUUUUGAUGAUAAUGAAGAUAAUUUUAUUAAUAUUAAUAUUAAUACAACAACACCAACAAAAAUAUUAAAUUCAAAAAAAUCUAAAAAACGUAAACAUACAAAUAAUAAUGUAUAUGAAUAUCAAACACCAAAUCAAUCACCAUAUACAAGACGUAAAAAUCUUGAUUAUGUACAACAACAACAAAUAACAAUACAAACACCUAAAACUCAACGUCGUUCACAUUAUAAACAAAAUCAAUCAUCAACUAAUAAUAAUUCAUCAUUAACAUUUUCAAAUUUAAUUAAUAUUAAUCCAUUUAAAACAAAACAUCAUUAUUAUACACGUCUUGUUGCUAAAAAACAAUCAUUAUUAAUACCAUCAUUAAAAAAUUUAUUUAUACAACGUUAUGAACAAGAAUUUCAUUAUGAAUUAUGUCUUGGUUAUGGUGAAUAUUCAUAUGUUUAUUUAUGUAAAAAUCGUCUUGAUGGUUUAAAUUAUGCUAUUAAAAUUUCAAAAAAUUCACUUAUUGGUACAUGUUAUGAACAACAAGCAUGGCGUGAAAUAUGUGCAUAUGCUAGUUUAACAACACAUGAAAAUUUAAUACGUUAUUAUUCAGCAUGGAUUGAAAAUGAUGGAAAAUUUUUUUUACAAUUAGAAUAUUGUAAUGGUGGUUCAUUAGAUGAAUUAAUUGAAAAAAAUCGUUUAAAUAAUAAAUAUCUUAAUGAAGAUAUAUUACAAGAUAUACUUCAUCAAUUAUCUGAUGUAUUAACAUUUAUGCAUAAUAAUGAUUUAGCACAUUUAGAUAUUAAACCAUCAAAUAUAAUGUUAUGUUAUAAUAUAAAUAAUGAAAUAUUAUAUAAAUUAACUGAUUUAGGACAUGUUAAUCAAAUAAGUUUAUGUCAAAUUGAUAAUGAUGGUGAUUGUCGUUAUUUACCAUUAGAAAUAUUACAAAAAUCAAAUAUAAAUAAUUUAUAUUUAGAUAAAUGUGAUAUUUAUUCAUUAGGUUUAACAUUAUAUGUUUGUGGAACAAAUUAUAUUAUGCCUAAACAAGGUAAUGAAUGGCAACAAAUACGUUUAAAUAUUUCAAAUUAUUUAUAUACAAUUACACAAUGUUCAAAACAAUUUAAUGAACUUAUUAUUGAACGUAUGUGUAAUAUUGAUCCUAAACGACGACCAUCAGCUUAUGAAUUAUUACUUGAUCCUCAAGUUAAUCCAGCAACACCAACAAGUCGUGAAUAUUUACGACAUAGUUUAAAACAAGAACGACAAAAAAAUUUAUUAUUAAAUAGAAAAUUAUUUAAUCAAUUUCUUUUAACAAAUACAUCAGAUCUUCAAAUAUUACCUACAUAUAAUAAUGAUAUUAAUAAUAGUGAUUUACAAUUACAACAAAAUUUUCAUUCUCCAACACAAUUAACACCAAAUAAUAAUAAUAAUAAUUCACGAAUAUUAUCAAUUAAUACACCUGGUUGUUCGACAAAUAUUAAUCAAUCAAUUACAUCACCUAUAUCUUGUUCAACAUUAACAAUGAAACAACAAGUUAAAUUAUCCGGUACAAAUAUGGGUCGUUGUUAUUCAAGUAUUAUUUAA